AGUCGGAGAGGAGAGAAUCCAGGAGGACCAACAGCCAUGAGACAGGACAUGCCAAAGCCCUCAGAGGCAGCGCGUUGCUGCUCAGGCCUGGCCCGGCGGGCGCUCACGAUCACCUUCGCCCUGCUCAUCCUGGGCCUCAUGACCUGGGCCUAUGCCGCAGGUGUUCCUCUGGCUUCUGAUCGCUACGGCCUCCUGGCCUUUGGGCUCUAUGGGGCGUUCCUAAGCGCGCACCUAGUCGCACAGAGCCUCUUCGCCUACCUGGAGCACCGGAGGGUGGCAGCGGCUGCGCGGCGCGCCUUGGCGAAGGGACCCCUGGAUGCGGCCACUGCACGCAGCGUGGCACUCACCAUCUCAGCCUACCAGGAGGACCCCGCCUACCUGCGCCAGUGCCUGACCUCCGCGCGCGCCUUGCUGUACCCGCGCACGCGGUUGCGCGUGCUCAUGGUGGUGGACGGCAACCGCGACGAGGAUCUGUACAUGGUGGACAUGUUCCGGGAAGUCUUCGCCGAUGAGGACCCCGCCACCUAUGUGUGGGAUGGCAACUACCAUCAGCCCUGGGAGCCAGUGGAGAUGGCGGGCUCUGUGGGUGAAGGUGCCUACCGCGAGGUGGAGGCUGAAGACCCCGGGCGGCUGGCGGUGGAGGCGCUGGUGAGGACCCGCAGGUGCGUGUGCGUGGCUCAGCGUUGGGGCGGCAAGCGCGAGGUCAUGUACACGGCUUUCAAGGCACUGGGCGACUCCGUGGACUAUGUGCAGGUCUGUGACUCAGACACAAGGCUAGACCCCAUGGCACUGUUGGAGCUUGUGCGAGUGCUGGACGAAGAUCCCCGGGUAGGGGCUGUUGGAGGAGAUGUGAGGAUCCUUAACCCUCUGGACUCCUGGGUCAGCUUCUUGAGCAGCCUUCGAUACUGGGUAGCCUUCAACGUGGAGCGAGCUUGUCAGAGCUACUUCCACUGUGUGUCCUGCAUCAGUGGUCCUCUGGGCCUAUACAGGAACAAUCUCCUGCAGCAGUUCCUAGAGGCCUGGUACAACCAGAAGUUCCUGGGCACCCACUGCACAUUUGGGGAUGACAGGCACCUCACCAACCGCAUGCUCAGUAUGGGCUACGCUACCAAGUAUACCUCCCGGUCCAGAUGCUACUCGGAGACGCCCUCCUCCUUCCUUCGUUGGUUGAGCCAGCAGACCCGCUGGUCUAAAUCUUACUUCCGAGAGUGGCUAUACAAUGCCCUGUGGUGGCACCGCCACCACGCGUGGAUGACCUAUGAAGCAGUGGUCUCGGGCCUUUUCCCUUUCUUCGUGGCUGCCACAGUGCUGAGGCUCUUCUAUGCAGGGCGCCCGUGGGCUCUGCUCUGGGUGCUGCUCUGUGUGCAGGGCGUGGCACUGGCCAAGGCGGCCUUUGCAGCCUGGCUGCGUGGCUGCCUACGCAUGGUGCUACUUUCACUCUACGCACCACUCUACAUGUGCGGUCUGCUGCCUGCCAAAUUCUUGGCGUUGGUUACCAUGAAUCAAAGUGGUUGGGGCACCUCGGGCCGGAAGAAAUUAGCUGCUAACUAUGUCCCCGUGUUGCCCCUGGCACUCUGGGCUCUACUGCUGCUUGGAGGCCUGGCCCGCAGUGUGGCCCAGGAGGCCAGAGCUGACUGGAGCGGCCCAUCUCGAGCAGCUGAAGCCUACCACCUUGCUGCUGGGGCCGGUGCCUAUGUGGCCUACUGGGUGGUAAUGUUGACUAUCUAUUGGGUAGGUGUGCGGAGGCUGUGCAGACGUCGGAGCGGUGGCUACCGUGUCCAAGUAUGAGUCUGGGCAUGAAGAUCCCCCUGAGGGCUCUUAGAGGAGGCAAAAGGAGUCCUUAUGAGGUAGCCCCUGGAGUCAUGGAUUUCAUGGGGAGUCAGUUUACCUUCUCUUUGAAAUGAUGGAGUCAUUCAAGAUUCUUCAGUAUGGACUGUAUUGGAACUCAAGACUUCUGGGUCUCUGGGGAGGGGUAAUUUAUUGAUCAGGGAGUGGGGUUGUAGGACCAGGGCCAGAAGGUCUCCGCUUUCUCCCUGUUGCUAUUUAAUGUUUCUACUGUAAGAUAUAAUAAAUUUUUUAUUUAUUUUCUUCCAA